AUGGCUGCCCGCCAGCCGGCCGAGAGGUCUUGCCCGGGGCAAGGAUGGUCAACCACACGGCCUACCCGAACCUCGCGGCAAAUCUGGAGGCGAGGAAAGCCCGAUCCGGUGAUCAGCUCCGACAGCGACGUCGAGCUGAUCGAAGAUCCGCGGCUGAAGCAGAGGAGGUGGCGGCUUCAGAAGGCCACCAGCGUUCGGGCUGCCUCUCCGCCGGGCUGGCUGCCGGAGGUGCCGCGGUACGAGGGGUCGCCGACGAGACCACCCUCACCGGAAGGCGAAGCGCUCCCUCCCCAGUCGCCACCACCGCCGCAACCUGAUACGCCACCACCACCGACGAGGCGCGGCGGGGAAUCUCCCCGAUGGAGACCCGCGCGGCCACCCACGCCGAAGUUCGAACGGCCGCCGGCGGCAGAGUCGCACCUGCGCCGGACAAGCCCCAGUACCAACCCGGAGACCCGGUAG